UUCGAGCGUGAGUUAAACAUGGCGGAUGGCCCGAUUUCCUCUGAAAACGUGACGAUAAUAGUCAGCUCUAGUGAUGAAGACGAAAAUGAAAACGUCGAGGGACUUUUCGGAGAAUUUGUUUCCAAAGUCGAGCGAUUUGUGGAGCAAAACAAUGUAGUGCUUUUCUUGAAGCUGAAGUUCACGGAGGCUCGGUCCGAGUUCGUGUCAUCCGCGAAAUUCAAAAAUGCGCUGAAAUGGAGAACGAGAGAAAUGAAUAAGUCAAAUGGCUACAUUUACACUGGAGAUAUUUGUAAGCUUCUCUUAUCAGAUUCAAAGGUAGAUAAUAGCAAAGUGGAAUUGGAUGUUGACGAAAAAGCAAAUGAUGUACAGUUCGUGGGAAAUGGACAAGUCGUGAGUCACUUCACUCGCGUGGAAGGAGACGUAAAUAGAGUGAUACAGACAAUAGUAGAUGAUGGACCAGACGAUCACACGUCGGAUAAGAAGGAAAAACAUCCACAGGCUGCUGUCCCCUCGACGAGCAGCACAAGCUCUGUUCAACGUCCUCCAAGUGGUAUUGUUAAUGGACGGAUUCAUGAAAAGAAAAGACCAAACGAAAUCGCGAGUCCAUCGAAACGGAUGAUUACCCCUCGAAAACGAAAGAGGCUUGUUAAAAGAUUGGAAUUGAAGCUUCAUAACCUGGCUGAGAAAAUUAAGAUUUUAAGUCAAGCAGAGCUGAGUUUGGAUGAAAUGGAAAUGAACGACAGUACGUAUAUUCAAGAAUGUCGUCUGAAAGACAAAUUUAAUCGCAUCUGGGACAAGAUCUGUAGAGUACAGGGCAAACCCCCCAACACAGGAAGGGUUACCGAGAAAGAAGUCAAGUGCCCAACCACAGGCAUAGCAGGGAUAGACCAAGCUAUCAAAAAGUUCUUAAAGAAUAUGAAAGGUCGUUUUCCUGAUAAGUUUGACAUCAGUAAUGUAGUACAAGAAGCAAAUAAAAAGUAUGGUUUGAAACUGUCAGGGCAAGUUCUCAGUGAGAUCAGUGACGAAGUGUUCAUGUGUAUAGGUAACAGUCUGCAAAAGAGACGGAAGAGAGAUUUUAAUUUCAAUUUUGGAUGCCACCUCACAGAUGAGUAUAAUGCCAGCAAUGACCCUGCAAUAAAUGACUCGGUACUUCGCAAGAAGUUGGAAGAAAACAAGAAGAUCAACAAAAAGAAUCUGGAUGAAGUUUUCUCCAAGUUUACCUGCUAUGGACGGAUAAAAGCUCAUGGUGGCAGUGGCAACUCAAGCAGCAGUGAUAUUGAGGAGGAAAGACCUGAGAAGAGUGUCAGAGUCACAAUGAAAAAGAAAUUCUCUCGCAUUUCUGUCACACAAUCAACAGAUUCUAGUGAAAAUGAAUGCAAUGACUUUGGCUUGAGAGAAGACAUAAAUGAUAACACCAACAAGAUUGGAAGCAAGGACUGGUUUGAUGCUAAUGAAAUUGACUUGGAAGACUAUGCAAUAAAGCCUCCUCAUCAACUGAGUGGAAAGAAGGAAGACACAAAAAGUGAGACUAAAUGUGAUAAGGAAAACAAUACUUUAUUGCAAUCAAGUGAUAGAAAUCUGAGGGAGAACUCUGCUAUUGUUGGGUUACCUACCGGUACCUCAGUUCUGUCUGAAGGCAAUGAAAUUUGUGCAGAACACAUAAGUAUCGAGGACAUGGACUGUGUCCCUCAGUCCCCCAACCCUGAAAUUUUGGAGCAAACAGGUAGCAGUGAGAAAGAGAAUACAUCAGCUGUAUUAGUCAAAGAUCAGCCCAUUGUUAUCGUCAGGGAAAGGAUGAAGAAUAGUGCAGUAUCCACAGAUCAGCAACUUGAUGAUUCCAGUAUGAAAUCAGAUUCUAAUAUGGUCACUGCAAGUAAUGAAUAUCUGACAAUCAAACCAGUAGAGACUUCUUCUAACUCUAAUUCCCUAUGUCGUGUGAUGUCAAGUGUCAAUGACUCAUUAUUACAAGAGAAUUCCAGUAUGACAUCAUACUCUGAACCUGUAGAGACUUCUCCUGAAUCCCAAGAGACCAAUACUUCACCAGGUCAUGAAAUACCAAGUAUGGGUGAUUCUUCAUUGCAAGAGACAAAGUCUUCUUCUAGUGUGAAAUCAGGUGUUAAUGUUAUCACUGUUCAUGAGGAGGAACUGAAAGCUAAACCAGUAGAGACUUCACCUGGAUCCCAAGAGACCAGUACAUCCCCAAGUUGUGAAAUAUCAAGCAUUGAUGAUUCUUCACUGCAAGAGACAAAGUCUUCUCCUUCCAGUGUGAAAUCAGGUUCUGAUGUUAUCACUGUAACUGAGAAAGACCUGGCAACUGGACUAGUAGAGACCUCAUCUGAAUCCCAAGAGACCAAUACUCUCCCAAGUAGAGUAAUCUCAAGCACAGAAGAUUCUUCAGUGCAAGAGACAAAGUCUUCUCUCAAUGAUUUUGAUGAUAAGACACAAGAUGUGAUUAGCAAAGUUACUGGAUCUUCUUUUCAUUCUGAUGUUGACAACAGAGAAGUUAUUGCUGGAAAAUAUCCAAAGGAAAAUAGUUCUCAUGAUGAUGCACCAAAGUCCUCUCUAUCUAGGGAAAGAAAAGGUGUAAACUUUACUUUAUCACCUCUUACUGUCAAUAUUAAACCUAUAUCACCUAAAGGUCAAAGGAUUUUAUCACUAAGCCCCAAGAAGAGGAAAGCAGAGAAUGGAUCACUUGAUUUUGAUAGGCCACUGAAAAGUUUCCGCAAAGCAACUUUGGAAGUCCCAGGAAGUCAGCCAUCUUCCUCUUGUAAUGUCCUAGAGGCCAUAGACAAUAAAUCAAAUCUUGAUGAUAAUGAAAGAUUACCAAAAGGUGAAAAGGAUGAACUUUCUGUUUCUUUGAUAAGCAGCUCUCCUGAGAAAAUUAUCAAUAGUGGUCAGUCUGGUAUUGAAGCGAAGGCAUCAAAAAGAUUGCUAUCAUCUUUGAAUAGGACCGGGAGAAACUCUCCCAUCAAGAAACAAAAAACUUCUGAAAGGACAGUUAUCUCCAUUGUGCUCUCAGAUGAUGAUGACAGUGAUUGUGAAAUACUUAAAUGAAUGUUUAUUGUGUGUUCUGUUUGAAUAUUUAAGUGUCCAAAAAUUUAUAAUAAACAGUUGAGGUUGCUGGUUUUGAAUCAAACACAUGUAGUUGGUUUCUAAGUAGAAUAAUAGAUGUUGGGUAAGGUGAUCCCUGCAUGCUAGACUAACUUGCUUAGAAGCUGGAGCUUACAUUGGUUUCUAUUGCACCAAGGAAAUACAGUCAAACCUGUAUCAAGUGGUAAACAGAGGGGCAUGGAGGGGUGACCACAAAACAUAGGUAGACCACAUCAUACAGGUUCAACAGAAUAGUGGUAAUAAAAAAAAUGAUACUUAAUGUCAUUUUAAGCCAUAAUUGACCACUUAAUGUACAAAUAUUCACUCAAUAAUGCUAUCAAUAUUGAUUUUGGGCAAUGAUAUGUAUUAAAUUUUACACAAAAGGUUA